AUGGCGCCCACAGCGACCGGGACAUCAACUUCUACGACACCAGCUGCGGCUGCUGUCCCUUCCACCGCGUCCACCUCGGUCAGCGUCCCAGGCAGUCUCGAGGAAGCCACCCAACGCUACCAAUCCACCAAGCUCGCCGUCCGAACCGGUCUCGCGAACAAACGCAUCAUCGAUCGCUCGCUCAUCGACCUCGAAUCCCAGAUCUACCUCUUUGAAGGCUCCUAUCUCCAAUCCACCUCUUCCUCUGGUGGGAACAUCGUCAAAGGGUUCGAUGCGUAUCUGAAGAAUUCGUCGACCGGCUCUACGGGGAGAGCGAGCGCGGUGGUGCCCGAAGUGCCUGUGGAGGAUCGAAUUUUCUCGUUGAGUUCGGCGACGUACCAGAAGAGUCUCGAGCAGAAAGCCAACGAAGGGUUGGUGGGGGAGGAGGAAAGGGAGAGUGCGGGAAAUACGCCCAAGAAGACUACCGACGAUGCCGCCACGCCAACGGGCAAGAAGAAGAAGGAUAAGGAUGCAACACCCGCCAUCGGCAAGGAAGGGGUGGUGAAGAAGAAGAAGGAUAAAGAGGAAGGAAAAGGGAAGGAUAAGGAACGGAGUAUGACGCCGAAUCUCAAGAGCACGGGUGGGGGGAAGAAUGCCACGGAGAGUGGCAGUGCGGGAGGGACACCGACCAAGACGGGGGGUGGAAAGGCCGUCGCGGGGGGCACAGCGACCAAGUUGAAGAGGAAGAAUACGGACGGUGCGGGGAGCGGGGCGGUUACACCAACGGCAAAGGUGGCCAAGAGGAAGAAGGACGAUGAUUGA